UGUUCAGAAAACCAUAGACCAGUAGAUGUGUGUAAAUAAUAAGUCACGUGCAACCCCAAUAACACGUGGCAGUAAAAGCCUUUCAUAUACAACACAUGACGGGAGAGCUGAUGUUGGAGGUGGUAUUUUGGAAGAGAUGAGAUUGAGAUGCAUCCACCCUCUGCUGUUAUGUCUCAUCAACUCCAACGAUGGUCUCUUAUCAAGCAAAGGCAACUUCUCUUGGUGGAGCAGCAAAGCAAAAGAAAAAUGAGACUCAGGUAGGGCCAGAUUUGAUUGACGAUAUUCUUGUUUUUGUUUCAAUUUAUGUCUUUUAUUUAUUGGAUGGAUUUGGUUUUGUGCGAUUUCAUUUGGUAAUUUGUUUUGUGUUGUAAUUAAGUUGUCAAGCAUGUUGUGUUAUGGGAUUUUUACUCUAUUUGAUUGAUAUAAUGUGACUCUCUUAUCAAUUUGAAAUGUAAUUUUUGUAAUUCCUUUUGUGUUUGAUAUAUUUUUGUAAUUUCAAAUUCCCUUUGCUUUGCUGACUUGAGCAUUGAAUUGAAGCACACUCUGGCAGCCCUUCAUCGUCGGCCUUGUUUCACUUUUGUAGGUUUUUUUCCAACCUAGAAAACCAUAUUUAUUUUAUUUCAUUUUCUUUAUAACAUUUGCAAUCUUAGAGUUUUUUGGUUGCUAAGAAGGAAAUAAUUGUUGUGGUUUGAAGUGAACGGUAAAGAGUGUUCGAUUUAGGAAUCAUCAAAACAGAAAAGGCAGGGCAUGGUGGAAGAUUAUAGCUUUAAAAUAAUUGCUCAGCUCUCAUGAAUUCCUGAUGCAUGGAUUUAUGCUCAUGAAGAGGUUGAAGAUGGGGAAGUUGGUGAUAAUGUUGAUGAUGUUAAUUUCAAUGGUGAAGAGAGAUUCUAAUGGUAAAGUUAGUGGGAAAAUGGGGAUGGUUUUCGAUUUGUGGGGCGAAGACAAGUUUGAAGAUGCCAUCAAGUUUUCUUUCUAUGAACCUACCAAAAAUUGUUAUGGAAAGAAACUUCAGUUGACAGCAAAGAAGCACAAAUAGUGAAAGAACCCUUCAAUGCCUUCACCUCUUCCCCCUGAACCAGUUGCUCUCAACUAUGUUUGUGAUGAUGCAAUUCAUGAUAUCUCUUGCUACAGUUACUAGACCCACUAAGAAUGUUCAAAUUAUCUUGGGAAUUGCAAAGCAAAGAUAGGGGGAUUGGUCAUGGAAGUUGAAUUUAAUCAGCAGUAGGAGGUAUAUCAAGGAGACUAAAUUGACACGUAGACUUUUACAAUUUUCACUCAUGUUUUCUUUGGAACAUACGGCACAGGAAGUGAAGCAAAAUAGAGGCUUUAGCAAGAGAUCGACCACCAUUUGCCUCAGUUGUUCAUAAUGAUAUACUGAUUUAUCUAGAAAAGUUGAUGUACAUUACCUUUUCAUUAUUCUUAGGAUUGGUUGUGCUUUUUCUGGAAUGUCACAGCUGCUACUGUAGCAUACAUCAAAGGGGAUGGAUGGAAGCCAGGCGGUAAUGAGACUGCUUCGGUGAAUACCUAUCCAAUCCAAGAAGCAUCAUACUGGGGAAUUGGAUCUGGUCUUGCCAUCAUGGAGAUAGUUUGCAACAUCUUACAAAAACGAAAGAUCAACCACCAUAGUUUUGAAAGUUACACAAUUGUCAGAAAAUUAGAAAGAUGCUCAUAUCUGUUUAUGGUGAAUGGAAGGGCAAACUCUUGACAAGGAAUAGAGAUCUUAUCUUGAAAAUUUUAUUGAUUGUUUUCACUGGUGCUUACUUACCGGGACUAAAUGAUACGUGGAAUGAUAUUUUUGUAUGCAUAUUUGUUGAACGGUUGUGAAAAUCUUGGUGAUCUGAACUCCACCUUGGAAAUUAAGAAGGCUUGCAACCAUCCAAAUCUGCCGCCCCUUGUAAUUUAUUAGGCCUAGUUAAUUUGGUUAAUUUGCGUCAAACUUCAAUUUUUUCUUCAAAAGCCUAAAGGUGCAUCAUCUUCGAUCUUCAUUUUUUUAAUUAGUUCUCUUUAAAGUAUAUAUAAACACAAUGAAAAUAUCAAAGUUUU